AUCAAGGAGUUUGAUAAUGGAGCUGAAUGAUUCGCUUAAAUGUACGUUAAACAGUUUUUAGUUUGGGAUGGCUACUGAAACAGUUGUUAUAGCACUCGAUUUUUAGGCACAUGACAACAUAGAUCGACACAAAUACAGACUGUAGAAACCCAAGGAGAUGGAGCAGCAGAGUGAAGUGAAUCCCCAGCGGGUGGCCGCCUUCUUCAGGAGAAGCAACUUGGGACCCGUGUGCCGGGUGCAGUCCACCUCGGACAUUGAAGCCUGGCUAGCCUCAAGGGCGUACUCCACACUGAUAACGUAUUUGAACGAUGUGAGCACGGAGAUACAGGGAAUCCGGAGCACGGACUUGUUUCCGAUCGGCCAGAACAUCAGGCGACUGUCGGCCAUCUUCGACAAGCUGGACGCCAUGAUUGUGGCCAAUCCUCCGGCGCCUGUCGCUCUAGGUGCUAGCUUGGAUCCAGGAAACAAGGGCUACAGACGCUGGGCGCACAGCAUGCUAAGGGACAUAUACCAGAUUGUGGAGGAGGCGGUGCCCUCCAGCAAGUGCCGGCACGUGAACGAGCUGGGGGUGUAUUUGUCGGGCUCCUUUGGCAGCUCUACAAAAAUUGAGUACGGGACCGGGCACGAGCUGAGCUUCCUGUUCUUCAUGUGCGCCCUGUUCCAGGCGGAGAUCCUCAAGCAGGAAGAGGACCUGGCCGCCUCGGCCCUGGUUCUGUUCGAUCGCUACCUGCAGUUCGUGCGCCGGCUCCAGGUAACCUAUUCCGUGAACUCGUCCAACUGGCAUGGCGGAUACUCGCUGGAUAAAUUUCAGUUUGUGCCAUUCAUUUGGGGAUUAGCGCAGCUGUGCUACGAGGCACCUUUCUCCCCACAGAAAAUGCUGAACGAGGAUACCAUUGCCCAGUACAGGAAGGCGUACAUGCUGAUCAAUUGCGUGGGACACAUAGCGUCCACCAACAUCGGCACCUUUGCCCGCCACUCCAGCCAACUGUGGAGUCUGGCCGCCCUGUCCUCGUGGCCGAAGAUCCAUCGCAGUCUGAUGUUCAUGUACAUGGAGGACAUCCUUCUGGACGUUGACAACCUGAAUGCCCUGCGGUUUGGUGAAAUGAUGUCCUUUGAGCAGGACAAAGCUGGCCGGCAUCUGGGCAACGCUCGUAUGGGAGUGCAGUCUCCGCUGCGCCGCCAGAUGGCCGAGGAUCAGGACGACCAGGAUCAGGACCAAGAUGUGACUCCCAGAAGCGGCACACCCUCCAUUUCCAGGUCGGAGCAGAACGAAGGUGCCAGGAAGAAGCCCAGAGUGGAAGAGCCCCUCAGCGACUGCAUGUCCAACAGUGGACUUUCCCUGGGCAGCGAAUGCUCAUCCCUCAGCGGCGUGAGUGUCCAUCUGCCCACUUGGUUGGAUGAUUUUCCGGGCAGCAGCAAGAACGCGUUUUAAAAUUAAGGGCUGUGAAUUGUCUAAAUCACAACUAAAUAUCUAAAAUCAAAUGCGCAAAUUGACUAUGAAA